GCGUGUUCGCGGACGUCAUUGUAAAAGCCCGUUCAACGAUACUUUACCAAUUAAGGAUUUUUACAAUAAGGGGAGAUUGGGAGAGAGAGCUGGUUUUGUGCCGAUCCCCGGGCACAUACCAGGCACUCGCUGCAGCAGGAGGGUCGCUCCCGGAGAAGCUCCCGUGGCGGGACGCUCUCGAAGCCGUGAAGUCAGGCAGCAGUCGGAGGGAGCUAUCGAUUGACAGGCAGCAACAAGACUGCGAGCGCUCGCUCUCUGCCUUUACCAUGAGCAACGCGAGUCAAAAGCUGGGCUCGCCCGCGGCACCAGCGGCGGCGGCGGCGGCGGCGGCAGACGGAGAGAUGCCAGCCACCGAGAAGGACCUGGCGGACGACGCGCCCUGGAAGAAGAUUCAGCAGAACACAUUCACCCGCUGGUGCAACGAGCACCUCAAGUGUGUGAACAAGCGGAUCGCCAACUUACAGACAGACCUGAGCGAUGGGCUGCGCCUCAUCGCCCUGCUGGAAGUUCUCAGCCAGAAGAAGAUGUUCCGAAAGUUUAACCAGCGACCCAACUUCAGGCAGAUGCAGCUGGAGAACGUGUCGGUGGGCCUGGAAUUCUUGGACCGGGAAAAUAUCAAGUUAGUCUCUAUCGGUGAGUGUUAG